CGCCUCGCUCAACCGCCUCAGUGCCGUGGCCAUCCCCCGUUAGCGACCCCGACGUCCUGCGACUCGAACAUCGCUCGUUUCUCGACCCUCUAUAUCUGUCUUCGCCGCGGCCACUGACGCUCUAGCGCUGCUCAGUUAUGGUCAAAAUGCGCAUCCCCAUCCGCGAACAGUUGGCCUUGCUCGUUUUGCUAGCCUCAAUGAUUGGUCUCGCCAUUGUGGCCAUAGCAACAUGGGUAUCAAAUCAUAACUUCGUCCUCUCAAUUCGAGCCUCGCGCCUCUCUCUCACUGCGACCCUCAAGGCUGCCCAGCUCUCUUCAAACAUGCUCCUGAUGCAAUCCACUGUGAGGGGUCUCAGUACGCGCCUUUCCAUCCAGGCGGCUCUAAAGCGGUACUACGAGGGGAAUAAUACCGAACAAAACUGGUCUAGGAGCUUUGAUGAUUUGCAAACCGUCUUCGCAAGUGCUGGAGCUGGCUAUCUCGUCAUCCAAGCCCGCAUCUAUCCGCAAGAUCCAUCACGAGGUCCCGUCGUCAGCUCUACCUCCGACGUACACAAAUCCGUCCCUCUGCCCUACACCACCCCUGACGGACAGAUAGCAACCCUGGGCGACUCCAACUAUGGCUUCAUUCCCGACUUGUAUCCAAACCUCACUGUCUCUUCCGCACCCCUUAACGCAACCGCCAACAUUACUACUGGAGUCUGGCAAGGAAGAACAGUCAACGUAGAUCAUCCCCUUCUCUGUGGACCUUAUUUCAUCAAUGAUACCUUUAGUCUGCUGUCCAUCACCAUGCCCAUUAUAAACAACACCUCCAGCAUCGAGACCCUCGGAUGGGUCACGGCGGUUCUUGAUGCCCAUCUCAUUGCCGACGUGGUGAAUUCUGGGGAGGGAUUACACAACACAGGCCUUACCAUGCUCUUUGGCCCAGACAACCAAUUCAACUCUUUUCCCGAGGGUUACCUGUACACCUCUCCGAACCCCCAACCACCGCACAGCGCCGAUGUCAGGUUGGUUCUCCCUCCGACUCGUCGAAAUGAUCCGGCAGCGAGACACGAUUCUUAUGGCUUUGCUCAAAACGCACGGCCACUCGACUGGAACCAAUAUCCGGCUGUCAAAGAAGGCUUCACCAGGUCGACCGGAGAGACGAACAACUCCGGAAGUCUCAUCCACACCCACAACGAAGAGGGCCAAAACGUUGCAGUGGGCUAUGCAAAUAUCCGUUCAGACAUGGUCCAUUGGAUUCUAGUGGUUGAGCAACAGCAUGGGGAGGUGUGGGCGCCCAUCAAUCACCUUCGAAACAUCAUCAUAGCUUGCGUUUUUGGGACUCUCGGCGCAAUGCUCUUGAUAGCCUUCCCCGUAGCGCACUAUUCCAGCAGGCCUAUCAGGAGAUUACGCGAUGCCACCAGAAAGACUGUGGCCCCGCACGUGUUUGAAGACGACAGUGUCAGUUCCCAGCAUGACGGUGACGACCACGAUGCUGCAUUGGCCCGUAAAGAAGGCUUUCUCGACAGCAUCAUACACUAUCGCCGAAAUCGCAAAGCGAGCAAAGCCGAAAAGCGGGAGGAGGAGCGGAGACGCCAGUUCCGCAUCCCGAGCAAAGUGAAAGAUCGCAAACAUUUCAUCCAUGACGAACUGACCGACCUCACCAAAACCUUCAACGAGAUGACUGAUGAGCUGAUGAUGCAGUAUGAGAGAUUGGAGGAAAGAGUCCAGCAACGAACUGCUGAACUAGAGCAAAGUAAGAAGGCCGCAGAGGCUGCCAACGAAAGCAAGACUCUGUUCAUUGCCAAUAUCUCUCAUGAACUGAAGACGCCCCUCAACGGUAUCCUAGGCAUGUGCGCCGUUUGUAUGUCUGAAGAUGAUCCUGUCAAGAUAAAGCGAUCCCUCGGAAUCAUUUACAAGAGUGGUGAUUUGCUGCUAAACUUACUCACCGAUCUCUUGACUUUCAGUAAAAACCAAGUACCUGGUCAAUCCUUGAGUCUGGAUGAGAAAGAGUUUCGACUCAGGGACGUGAGCACCCAGGUCGCUGCCAUCUUCGAUCGACAGGCUAAGGAAGGUGAAAUUGAUCUGCGGAUCAAAUACGAAGGCCCCUAUGAGGCCAACGCAGAUGAGAACGGCAGGCUGAUAGGAGAAGGAGACCUAGGACCGUACGGACUUGGCCGACUGAAAGACAUGGUUCUUUACGGAGAUCAACACCGAAUCCUCCAGGUCGUCAUCAAUCUGGUCUCUAAUAGUCUCAAGUUCACACCGCCUGGCGGUUCAGUGACUGUCACCAUCCGUUGUGUCGGCGAAGCUAUCCCGCCCAAUAGUCGCAAAGCCUCGUUGCAGUCCAGGCAAAGCUCCACGCGUAACUCCAAACACCGGAUCAGGAACUCAAUAUCAGAGGUAGGCUCCGCCACUGUUUCCUCUCCCAGUCAUUUCGGGACGGCCAAUGUAAUCAACGCAUACGAUAAGUAUGGAGCGUACUCCCACAUUUUCGCUCAGGAAAGGGCGCCAACACCCCCACCCGGCAGGUGGUUGUCUUUCGAGUUUGAGGUCGAGGAUACCGGUCCGGGGAUCCCUGAGAAUCUCCAUGACAAGAUUUUUGAACCUUUUGUUCAAGGCGACUUGGGCCUGAGUAAGAAGUAUGGUGGUACGGGUCUAGGACUGAGUAUCUGCUCACAACUUGCCGGUUUGAUGAAAGGGACGAUCCACUUGAAGAGUGAAGUCGGACACGGAAGUGUCUUCACCAUGUCCAUCCCGCUCAGGCACCUCGCUAGCCGGGCCGACAGCACCGCGAGUUCAAGCAACGUUAACAUACUCGGGGAAGCAAACCCACCUCUCAGCCGGCCUAGCUCAUUUGACGAGACAAGGCAUCGACGAAUGAGUGAUGAUGCGCUCUCGGGACAGUCGAUCCAUUCCACCUUGAGCAAUCCUCUUCCGGCGACUACUGUCAGCGGGCCCGUAGCAUUUGAGACAGAUUCAAAACCUCGCCUGAUUGGCCUGAGCCAGCCCUUCUUCGCCUCGACGACUCCCCUAGAGUCACCAAACUCCCAAUCGGCAGCCAUGCAACGAGUUGAAGCAGAGGCAACGAAGCGCGGCGACAAAAUUAAGGUCUUGGUCGCCGAAGACAAUAAGACCAACCAAGAAGUCGUUUUACGUAUGCUGAAACUUGAAGAUGUGUACGAUGUUACUGUUGCCAAAGACGGCCAGGAGGCGGUCGACAAGGUCAAGGAGAGUAUGGAGCACCACAGCCCUUACAAUCUCAUUUUCAUGGACGUUCAAAUGCCGAACCUGGAUGGUCUUCAGUCUACGCGGUUGAUCCGGCAAUCGGGGUUCUCGGCUCCUAUCGUCGCACUUACUGCAGUGAGUGUUAUACCUCCGAACAACACGAACAUCACUGAUGAUCAUACAGUAUUCUGAGGACAGCAACAUUCGCGAGUGCUAUGACUCCGGAAUGGAUUUCUUCUUGUCCAAGCCGAUUCGGCGACCCGCGUUGAAGCACGUUCUUAAGACCUAUUGUGCGCCUAUACCAGAGGAAGAUGCAGAGGCCCCGACUGCGGCUCCAACAGAAGCUUCCUCUUCGGUAGCGGACAUUCAGGCUCCGCUCGCCCCGUCUGCGCAACCGCAGGCUGCGGAGGCAACUGCGCCCGUAGCUACUCCACCCUCUCCAGCGAAAGGCUCGCCUUCGAUUUCUCCUUUGGCCCGGCCGGAACAGUAAUCAGCCAUCAUACCUUUA